GCAGCAGAAGGGGGAGCGCUUCCGAAGGACCCCGCCGCCGCCAUCCCGCCCCCUCCUCCCCUUCCCGCCUCCCGGGAGGGCCCGCUCCGCCUGCCUGAGUCACGGCUGGAGCCGGGGAGGAGCCGGGGAAAGGAGGCCCCAGCCCAGAGUGCAGCCAGCGGCCGCAGGGAGAGCAGGCAGCGCGGUCGGGGAUCAUGGGGGAGAGCGCGCUGGAGCCGGGGCCUGUGUCCGCAGCGCGGGCUGGGGGCCCGGUGCACGCCGUGACGGUGGUGACGCUGCUGGAGAAGCUGGCCACCAUGCUGGAGGCGCUGCGGGAGCGGCAGGGGGGCCUGGCUCAGAGGCAGGGCGGUCUAGCGGGCUCGGUGCGCCGCAUCCAGAGCGGCCUGGGCGCGCUGAGCCGCAGCCACGACACGACGAGCAACACGCUGGCGCAGCUGCUAGCCAAGGCGGAGCGCGUGGGCUCGCACGCGGAUGCUGCGCAGGAGCGCGCCGUGUGCCGCGCAGCCCAGGUGCAGCGGCUGGAGGCCAACCACGGGCUGCUGGUGGCGCGCGGGAAGCUCCACGUCCUGCUCUUUAAGGAGGAGGCUGAAAUCCCAGCCAGCGCCUUCCAGAAGGCGCCUGAGCCCCUAGGCCCGGCGGACCAGUCCGAGCUCGGCCCAGAGCAGCCCGAGGCCGAAGUUGAGGAGAGCUCGGACGAGGAGCCGGUGGAGUCCAGGGCCCGGCGGCUGCGGCGCACCGGGUUGCAGAAGGUACAGAGCCUGCGGAGGGCCCUAUCUGGCCGGAAAGGCCCUGCAGCACCAACGCCCACGCCGGUCAAGCCACCGCGCCUCGGGCCUGGCCGGAGCAGUGAUGGCCAGCCGGAAGCCCGGCCUGCGCUGGAGCCCAAGCCGGAAUCAGAACCUCCACAGGACCCCGAGGAAGACCCUGGGAGGCCUGCGGCUGCCGAAGCCGCGGUGCUGCAAAUAGAGAGUGCGGCCUAGCGGCUGGUGCUGCCUGCGUUUCCUGUGCCUGGUCCCAAAAUAAAUCUCCCUCUCAGAAUGCAGCCUUCACGCCCAAAUAAGGAGUGAAUCCUGCACCCACAGCCCAGCUCUGGCCUUUCCCAGCUCCUUCAGGCUAGCCUGUGUCCCCUGAAAGGAGCAGCCUCUUGCACCUGCUUGCACUCACCGUCAAUAAAAGUCAUGCCAGCUAAUCCGGACUCUAUGUGAAGGGGUGGGAGGAAAAGGCUUGCAAGCCCUAAGACAGAUGUUAGAACCUGGAAUGUGGCUUCAGUUUCAAAAAGAACAGUGUGUCAUUUCUCAGGUUCCCAGUGAAUCUUGGGCUCUGGUGGCACAUAGAAAUACCCUGUUGGCCACUUGUGUCUGGAGCACUUUACUCACAGAGAAGCAUCCAGUGUAGUCUCUUGCUGUCCGUGCUCAGUAAAUGUCAACAGGUGGUUUUCCUCUUAGUUUCUUCUUCCUCUUCCACCUCUUAAUGGGUUUUCCUCUGUUCUCAGCCCUCUUCUCAUUCUGGGUACUCCUCUGUGAACAUUUACUCUCCGGCCUUUCCCAAUAGCCACACACACUGUCCUGAGCUGCAGUUGAAAUAUACCUCAACUCAGUCUGUCCAAAGCAAGCAAUCUACCUUUUAAGUCCAAUUUCAAUUUUAUAGAUAUUUAUUGAGCACUUACUAUGUAUCAUUUGAAAUUGCUCCUCUUGUGUUUUCUUUACCAAGGAAUGGCACCAUUGUCCACACAGAAACCUGGGAGUCCUCCCUGGCUCCUCCAUCUCUCACUCCCCUCCCUCUCGGAAACAGUUAUCCUAUUGCUUUGACCUCUGCAGUCUGACCACUUUUUAAAGACCCAUCGCCUUAUCUUAUUUGAACUGCCAAUCUGAUCCCAUCAUCUUCCUGAUUCAGACCCUUCAGUGGCUUCCCAUCACCUUCAGAAUAAAGUGAGCUCUUGAAUAUUCCUGCAACAUCUUUAACGAUUUGGCUUCUGCCCAUUUUUGUAGCCUCACCGCUUGCCACUUCCCCUCAUUCUACUAUUGAAUUACACUGAGCUGCGUGCUGUCAUUCUCAUCUCUACUCUCCUGCAAAAUCCAGCAAGGGAACCCUGUUCCAGGCCCAGGUGCUUCUCUUCCUUGCCCCCAAAGCACCACCUGUACACCGCAGUACUAACCGCUGACUGUGACUGUUUGCAGUUACUCUCCCCACCCCAUUCCGCUAGACUGCAGCUCCUCUGCUGUUUUGUUAAUGUAUUAAUUUCUGUAUUUCCCACACCACAUACCAUGCCUGGCCCACAGUAGGUCCUCGUGAAGCAAGAGCAUCACAGAAGAAGUGAGAAGUGUGAGGGCAUUAGCUAGGGAUGGGAGCCUGGUCAUCAGCCCAUUCAUUCAGUUACUGUCAUAUGAAAACACUUUGAGGGCCUAAUGUAUUCCAGGCCCUCUCCUAGGCCUUGUGAACACCAAGAUGACAAUGCUGAGGCCUUCCAAGGACUUCAGAGUUUGGGGAGAUACAAACAUGAAUGAUGUAAAUAUGGUGAUUGUUUUACAUAAGUUAUUUUGAGAGGAAAGACAGAAGGGACACAACCUAACCUGAAGGAGGAGAAGUGGGGGGAUGUUUAAGGCAGUGUUCUUGGAAAAGGUAAAUGGUGGGAGGGAAAACAGAAAUGGUGAGUGGCAGGAGAGCUCAGUGGUUAUAGUUUGGCUUCUCAGUUCCUUCAUCUAUUAAAUGGGAUGAUGAGAGCCCCUAUUGGGCUGCUGUGAGGGUUAAGUUACAUAAGUGUCUAGCACAGUGCCUGGACCAGAGCUUGUUUCAUUCAUCCAGUUACUCAACAAAUAUUUGCUGAGCUUGGAGUUUCUGCCAGGCAGUUUUAAGAACUGGGGGUACAGUGGCACAUAAGAAAGACAAGAUCCCUGCCUUUGUGGAUUAUGUAGGGGGAGACCAGCCAUAAACAAGUAUACUUAUGAGACAGAUAAAAACAUGCAAACAUAUGAACUAGAAGGGCUUUCUGGUUAUGGGCUCUGAAGGAAAAAAAGGAGUAAGGGUACAGAUGAUGACGGGGCAGGGGAAUACUUUAGAUGAGGAAGUUGGGGAUUUAAAAUGGGAGCAGACGCGUCAUGAUCUUGGGGUCCUGGGAGUGGCUCAGGGUAGGUCUCCACACUCAGUGGGGAGUCUGCUUCUCCCACCCUUCCCCUCCCCACCUUGUGCGCACGCUCUUUCUCUCAAAUAAAUGAAUAAAAAUGUUUAAAAAAGAAAAUAAAAUGGGAGCAGAAUUGAAUAGUGACUUAAAAUUUUUUUUUCAUGUGGAUCCAGUUAGAAGAGUCUAAGCCCCCACUGGCCACGAUUGGCGGAAAUUCUAUUACCAAUCACUUUAGGGCUCCUCUCCUUCCUUAGAUUGUACAGGUAUACCAGGAGGUUCACACCAUCUCCUUGUUCUCUCAGACCAUGGAUGUCUCUGCUGCUAUUGCUUCUUAUGACCACAGGAUGCCACUGUUGGGGUAUCAGUGUCCUGGUGGAUGUCUCAACAACCCAGAGGUCUGCUUGUCCAGCUGUGUGCCCCUAAAUCAGGGGUCCUUCCAUGAAGGCUGGCUCUGUCAUAGCUCCAUUUCCUCUGGAGAAAUUCAGGGCUCAUCCCUGCAGGCUUUGUAGACUGUAUCAGCUACCUGGCAGCCACUCCUUUCAAGGUUAUGCCAUCACAGAGGGGCUGGUCUGAGGAGGCUCAGUUCUCUAUCCCCAGGGAAAAACAAAUUCUUGUUCUUUUUCCAAAUCCUUGGAAAUAUACACAAUUCCAAUUUCCUCCUUUCAACUCAUAGAUAAAAUUAAGAGCCCAACUGCACAUUUCUUACAUAAGAUGUCUUGAUAGCUCAUUGGGAAGCACAUGAAGGCUCAGAGCCUGGACUCUGACCUCUAGGAACCUAAAAUCUUGGCUCACGUGGGGGCGGGUGUUAUUUUUUAUUCCUUCUUGAUGCUUCUAUAGGAGAAAUAAUAAAAGUUAAAACAAAGCUAGCUUAAUUUCUUAAUAGUUCUCUUUGUUUCAUUACGUGUUCUGUCAUUACCUCUAUUGCUAUGAUUAUUAAUAUUAGAAACUAAAGGGAGUGCAGACUGACCCAGAGUACCCACCUGUCUUCCAGCAUAUGUGGCCCUUAGGUGGCUGCUUUAAGCAGGGGGGAGGCACACUGGUGGAUUACCAAAAUUCAGAGUUUUGUUCUCAGUUCUUCAGACCAGAAGCACAAAUUUAUUAGGCGUUCCAACGUGAUUAGGCUGAGAGAGAGUGAUUGCAAUAACUGACCUCAGAAGUGCUGGAGAAAUCCUGAAGAAAUCCAAAUGCUAAGUGAACUAGCAUAAGCUAGCUGGCUAUUCAGAACAUUUUCCAUUCUGCAGCAUGGGAAGCCAAAGUACGAUCUUAAAGUGUAAGAAAACAGAAUGAUGGAAAUGGGAUGGAGAUAAUCAACAGGAUUACCCAACCUGGUAUGACCAUUUUCUGCUGUGGUACUCCUCCUACAUGGGUAAAAAUAUAUACAUUCCUGGUAGGAAAUUUCUUCUCUUGUUGAGUACUGGAGAUCUUUUUGUCUGUCCUUUAUUGAGAAUUGAAUCACAUAACCGCAGCUUUGAAGGGAACCCAAAAGCCAUCCAAUCCACCUGCAUUUCCAAAACAACAUCCACUGCCAUCUUGCUGCCUAUCCUUAGUUGGCCUGUGCUUGAAAAAGCCAGGUGACAAGGAACUCACUACCUCUCCGGCAACUCUAUUUUGGGGCAACUUUGACUGAUAGGAAACUUAUACUGAGAUCAAAAUCUGUCUUUAUGGUUUUUCCUAUGUGGUGGUUGGCUUCCCUUCAGCAACAUCUGUAAAACAAAAUUUCUUUAUUUCUAUGAUGUGUAUGUCCUUGGAGUCCAACUCCAGCAGGCCACACAAGACUGACUCGUCUAAAACGUCUUCCACACUAUCUUCCUCAGGCCAAACAUUGCCGGCUUAUUCAGCCAUUCCUCGUGAUCUGUUAUCAAAUCCUGGCCAUUCUUUUGUGGAUUGUUUUAGUUUGCUCAUAUGCAUUUUGAAUAGGGAUGUGUCAAGGUACAUGGAAAGAGGCAUGGCUUUCAUAGUCAAAAACAUCUGAGCUUCAUUGCUGGCGAAUGAUAAUUUCCUCUUCCCAGCUCUCUUAGAAGGAUUAAAUAAGAUUUUUUUGUUUACUCAUUCAUUUAUUUUAACUUUGUUGUACUAUGUGAUGGAGAUGGAUGAUAUAUUACAUGGAUAGGGAUGUGAUAGAACUGUAAUAGAACCUUCAUAGAACUUAUAUUAAACUGGCAGUUGUAAUAAAGUUUUAAAUAAAUGCUAUGAUGAGAAAAAUAUAAGGUGCUAUGGAAGCAUACAAAUGGGGCUUCUAACCCAGCAGGGGUGGUGGUAAUUACAGAGGAGGUCUCCUGAGGAGAAAUGAUCUUCCCUCCGGCCUGAUUUCUAUUUAUUUUUUAAAAUUUAUUUAUCUGAGGGAGGGAAGGGGCGGUGGGGGGGAGAGGGUAGAGAGAGAAUAUCAAACAGACUCCCAGCUGAGCAUGGAGCCCAACGUGGGGCUCAGUCUCACAAACCCAUGAUCGUGACCUGAGCUGAAACCGAGUCAGACACUUAACGGACUGGGCCACUCAAGAGCCCCGUAUUAUUUCUUCUUAGGUAAGUUUCUCAAGCGACUUUUUAGAAG